CGUAGAAGAAGAGUGGGGUCUUUCCUCCUGGCUCUCGGUGUAGCUAAUAGGCUAGCUGCCACCUACUCCUUUGAAAUACCGGCGAGCUAGCUCGAUUGUGAAUGUCCCACAAAACGUCAAUCGACAAGCUGUUUGCAGUUUGUUGCAGGGAUAAAACAUUACCAGAAUAAUAAUACGGAGAAACUUUGGCAUUCAUGUGAAGGAAAUGUGCUCCAGGGGGCUCUAAACUGUGAAGACAUCCAUGACCAGCCUGAUGAUGGAGAGAGGGAUGAAUAAACUACAAAAUGUCCUGGAGGAUGGCUUGGGCAGAGACUUGAUGAACGCUGGGCGGUUUUGCUUCAGCUGUGAGCAGAUAUUUGCAAAUCGGAAAUGCCUGGAGGAGCACUUUUGUCCCGCUGUAAGUCACAUCUGCUCCUGUGGCACUGAGUUUGCUGAAUACAAAGACAUGCUGGAGCACAGCACCACACAUGAACCAGGGCACCAGGUGCUAGAUCAUGGAACAAUUAGGAAGCGCAGAAUUGAGAAACGCAUAGAAGAGGAGGAGCAGCUGAAAAGACUACAGACUGGUGAGGUCGUCUGGAAGGCGCCUAAAUCGGCUAAUGUAUCCUCAAUUUCUUUGCCAGUGAAGCCCAUGCUGCAAGUCCCCAUUACACCAGCCCAUAUGUCACAAGUUCCCAUGCAGUCUGUGCAGAUUUCAAAAGUGCCUCAGUCGUACCGACCCGUGUCACAAACAUCUUUGCUCCCAAAUCCUAUCCCUCGUGAACAAGACAUGCAGAAUAUUUUUGCAGGUGUAGGUGCACCGACAGUGGAUCUUUGGACACUUUACCAGCCUGUCGUCUUGUUGCAAACAGUUCGCAAAUUUAACAAGUCAAAGCCUUACGCUUGCGGUAAAUGUGGGCAGUGUUUUAUGGCAAAGACUGAUCUCGUCCACCAUCACAGCUCUCAUGUCACAGAUAAAGUUUCUGGUUGCAUAGGAUGUGGGCUGCUGCUCUCCAGCAAGAAGAUGGUGCCUCGCUUUCAUGUUUGUAAUGGGCCCAACUCUGUCACCAAAUUCAGACUCAUCACUGCGAAACCGCUGGGUUUUAAGAAGCGAAUUAAUACCAGUACAAAAAGGGAUCUGAGUGCCCAGGGUGCUUGGACCACUUCUUCUCUACACAUGAAAAGUCAGAAUCUCAGUGCAGCCAGAAAAGGCAAUCAUGCACCUUUCAUGAUUUCCAACCUGCAGAAAAAUCCAAAAAUGAUUACAUACAGUAAAAUCAAUCAGGGAUCGGGAGCUUCUUCGUCCCUGCAGGUGAAGAAUCAGAAUCGCAGUGCGUCCAGGCCUUAUAUGAAUGCUUUCCUUCCAUCGAUGAGUCAGAAUCCCAGUGCAUCCAACAAAAGCAGUCGGGGGCUUCCAGUCUCUUCCUCCAUGGCCACUAAGUAUGCAUCAGGUGUAUGGAGCAAACCAGUGCAGACAUCCUCUGCCUCGUUCCCAUGUCGAGUCUGUCAUCUUCCUUUUGAAACUGCUCACCUGCUCCAGAGGCACAAGUGUAUUAAAGCAAAGGAGUUUAUGGCACACCACGUGCAAGGUGGCAAACAGCACUUCAAAAUAAAAAGGGUAACACCAGUGGCAAGCUCAAAUCCUGCUCAGAUGAACGGGGAGAGAAAACUUGGGGUUCCUGCUAACAUAAUGAAAAACCAAGUCAUCACCAUCGAUCUGGAAAAAGGGCAAGGGGCCGUUCCUGUGAAUGGGAUAGCAGGAGUGGAUAUGGAGGAUGAUUGUUACAUAGUUGAAAGCGGACCAGACAAACCAGCCGAAAUGAUUUACCAAGUGACCUCAUCUGUCCCUAUUAAGACUUGACCAAACUUAGAGAGGAACAUCUGGUGUGCACGUCACAUUUUAUGUUAACCAUGGACCAAGCGCCUAAAAUCAGUCCAGUUUGAACAGCAUUAGCUUGUUUAGGAUCUUUGCGCAGGAACACGAUGCUUACUCCUUUCUCCGAGCUAUUGAAAAUACGGAAGUGAAAGCUGUCUAGACAACAAACAUGCAUCAUAAUUAAGCUGGAUUUCAUUUGUCAGUACUGUAAACAGUCCUAAUAUUGAUGCCCCUGCAGUCGUUAUAGAACAUGUAAAUCAAUAAAGUUAAUAAAUCAAAAUGUUUGUGCAUGGUUUACCCAUGUUUGGUGGGAUAACCAGCUAUGGUCUUAUAGUUUUGUUUUGUUUUUUAUUUCAAAUAUGUUUUUAGUAUGAUAAGAAUCUGUUGUGAGGCUGUGGGAAUUGACCACAUUACCUUGUGUGUUCUUACCAGCUUUGUCAGACUUUAAGAAUUCUGUAUAUGUUGUAUUAAACUAUAUUUUCAAACUCA